GCCAAAUAUAACCAAAAGUAUAAAUAAUUCUCUCUCUAUAUAUAUAUCUCUAAAUCAUAAACAUUAGACAGACAGAAAAUCUCCUGUUUUUUAGGAAGACAAAGAUUUACACAACAAAUUAAUUCAAUGGCUCUCCUUUCAUACUUUAGAGAUCGAGAAAGGAUCAGAAACAUGAAUGUUAAUGGUGAUCGUGAUCACAACAAAGAUGAUGCAACACAAAUGCAACCGCAACAAGAAAGGAAAACACAAACACAAACAGAAAGAAAAACCGAAACACUACAAAUAGAAGCACAAACGCCGCUUUCUUCAAUUGCGAAAGCGUUUGAGGAGAUAUCGGAUUUGAUUCAGAAGGAUAAGGAUGUUGAUUUACGUUUGAAGCCCUUUUGUGAAGCGUGUACCCAUAUUUCUGUUCUUUUUGGUUGUCUUGGCAUUGCUUUCAAAUUCGCCGAAAUGGAAUACACCGCUAAGGUUCGUGAUCUUCUCGAGGCAUCAAAGAACUUCAACACUUUAAGUACUGUCGUCGACCAUGACUUAAAAAACAAGACAGUAAAAUCACCUGGGAGCCAUACCCGUAAUCUUCGCAGAGUUAGGCAGGGUCUAGAUCUUAUCAGAGAAUUAUUUCAGAAUUUUUUAUCUGCCGAAAACCACUCACUUAAAAAAGCAGCUACAACAGCAUAUCAACAAGUUUGUGCACCAUACCACACAUGGGCAGUCAGAACCGCGGUUUCUGCAGGAAUGUGCACUCUUCCUACAAGGGGUCAACUUUUGAUGAAUCUAAAUGAAACAGAUAAAUCAGCAGAGAAAGAAAUGAGGAGGUAUAUAAAAGCAUCACUUGAUGUUAUAAAAACCAUUGACAAUCUUUACAUUGCUCGGGGGAUUAAAUUAGAUUGGUGACUUUAUAUUAUGAUCAGAGUCGGGUUGGGUUGGGCUCCAGAAUCGCUAACUGUAAUAAUCGUCGACAAGGAUGCCUGUCUUCAUGGCAAAAGUCCCCUUAUUUGCAUACACAGAUUCUUACUCCUUUGAUUUGUGUAGUAGUGUAGAUAUGUAUUAUGAUAGAUCGGUAUCUACAUUGGCGUUGGGGAGAACUAUCAGCUAAUAUCUAAUCUGCUAAUUUUCAGAGUUAUUGUCAA